AUGUCAUUAAGUGUUGUUCUCCUAUUGCUGAUUUUAGGAUGGGAUUGUGGAAAAGCUGUGAAAGACCUGCAGCCUGACACUACUGACCAGGACCUUUUCUGGGGAGCGGACCAAUAUGACUUUGCAAUUGUGCUGCCUGCUUCAGGUCUUGAGUGCUUCUGGCAUUUUGCUCAUCAUGGUGAACAAUUCUAUCUCAACUUUAUGGUUCAGUGGGUGACUGGGGUGGGUGUUGACAGACACCUUUCAGUCACUGUCAAUGCUCCGAGUGGCCUUAUCAUUGGCUCAGUGGACGACGCCACAGGAGAGAUUUCCUUUACAGCUGGAGAGACUGGUUUUUAUCAGAUGUGCUUUAGCAACUUCCACAAUCGUUUUGGUAGCAUGCAGAUCUUCUUAAACUUCGGCGUGUACUACAAGGGUUCAGCAAACUCCAAGACGCAGAAGGUUGAUGAGGAGCACAAGAAACAAUUAAAUAGCACACUUGCCACCAUAGAUGAAAGCUCUUACCGACUGGAGGUCUCUUCGUUCCACAUGUGGCGUUACUAUAACAUUGAGCGCAUGAGGAGAGGCUACGAUUACUACCUUCUCCAAUCCAACUCCAGUUACAUCAGCACCUGGUCUGCUGUACAGAGCUUUGUUAUACUUAUGGCUGGAUACCUGCAGCUCUUUUUUCUCAAGAGGCUUUUCAACACCAAGCCCAGCACAGAGACGGCCAAACCUUGCUGUUGA